AUGGUACAACUCCGAAUCCUUUCACUAUGGCUGGCAUCGCUGCUGUGGUUGGUGAAUGCUGUCCCGGCCGACGACAUCCAUGUGUCAGAUCCCCUGAAAGUGUUCUCGCAAACCGAGGAUUAUCCGCUACCCAACCAAGGCAACAUUGCGGCCCACGACCCCAAUAUUCUCCGCUACAAUGACAAUUACUACAUGUUCAAAGGAGGCAUGUAUCUGCCCGUUUUCAAAUCCGACAGCCUCGGGGGCCCUUGGAAGCGAAUAGGGACGGUCUUUGAUGGGCCCAGUGUCAUCCAGAAACAGAACCGCACUCGUCCGUGGGCCCCUACCACCGUCGAGCGCAACGGGCGCUUUUACUGCUUCUACACCAUCAGCAUGCGCGGAAAACGCGACAGCGCUAUUGGCGUCGCGUCGACCGAUUCCAUCGAUGAUGGGUCCUGGACCGAUCACGGUGCUUUGAUCAACACGGGAGAAGGGCCGCAGUCCCAUAUCUACCCGUAUACGGUCUCCAACGCUAUCGAUGCGGCCUACAUCACCGAUCAGGAGUCUGGGAAGCCGUAUUUGCUAUACGGCAGUUUCUGGCAUGGAAUUUUCCAGCUCCCGUUGAGCGAUGAUCUCCUGUCGAUCGAACAUCCCCAGAGUCCUGACGCCAAAAAUCUGGUCUUUUUGCCGGACCGGAAGGUGAAGCCGCAAGAGGGGUCGUUUAUGAGCUACCACGAACCAUAUUACUAUGUCUGGUUCAGCCAUGGUAAAUGCUGCCAUUUUGCCCAGGGUUUCCCUAAGAUGGGACAGGAAUACAGCAUCAGGGUCGGACGCUCUAAGAACGUACGAGGCCCUUUUCUAGACAAGGACGAGCAGAGUCUUACCGACGGCGGUGGCACGGUGGUUUUCGGGUCAAACCACGGGGUUGUCUAUGCGCCUGGUGGGAUCGGAGUGAUGGCCGGUAACUCGAGCGACCCCGAUAUCAUGUAUUAUCAUUAUCUUAACACUUCUAUUGGACUUCGAGAUGGGGUAACAAGCACGUCUCGGUUACAGCUGUAUCGACUAUCAGCAUGGAUGGCCGGUAGCAAAGGCAUGCAAAAGUCGCGGAUUGAUCGUGCGCCCUAA